AUCGGCGACUUGCCACUUGUACCCGAGUCCUAGAUCUUCAGUACUCAGCAUGUCGGAGACCGCUCCUGCCGCUCCCGCCGCUGCGCCUCCUGCGGAGAAGACCCCGGUUAAGAAAAAGGCGGCCAAGAAGCCGGCCGGGGCACGCCGGAAGGCGUCUGGGCCGCCGGUGUCCGAGCUCAUCACGAAGGCUGUCGCAGCUUCUAAAGAACGGAGCGGUGUGUCUCUGGCUGCGCUCAAGAAGGCGCUGGCGGCCGCGGGCUACGAUGUGGAGAAGAAUAAUAGCCGCAUCAAGCUGGGUCUUAGAAGCCUGGUGAGUAAGGGCACUCUGGUGCAGACCAAGGGCACCGGUGCUUCCGGCUCCUUUAAGUUCAACAAGAAGAUGGCCACUGGGGAAGCCAAGCCCAAAGCUAAGAAGGCAGGUGCGACCAAGCCCAAGAAGGCUGCUGGGGCAGCUAAGAAGCCCAAGAAAGCCACGGGUGCAGCCACCCCGAAAAAAACCGCUAAGAAGACCCCGAAGAAGGCGAAGAAGCCAGCAGCAGCUACUGUGACCAAGAAAGUUGCCAAGAGUCCAAGGAAAGCUAAAGCUGCUAAACCCAAGAAGGCCGCCAAGAGCGCAGCUAAGGCAGUGAAGCCCAAGGCCGGCAAGCCUAAGGUUGCCAAGCCCAAGAAGGCUGCACCCAAAAAGAAGUAGGUUGUUAAUCGUCUGCUUCUAAACCCAAAAAGGCUCUUUUCAGAGCCACCACUGAUCUCAAAAAAAAGACCUGUAUACUCCUUCGGUACUUGCUGUUUCUGUAUACCUAUCACCUUUCGCCUUUUAACCUAGAUCAAGGUCGCGCAGGAGUCGUUGCAGAAGGGCUGCUCACACUACCCUAAGAUGGGCAGUGAGGGCUUGGCAGGGUGCCUGCUGUGACGUUGCAGGGCGUAGACCCAUCCCUGUGGGUUGCUCCUUGCUCUGCGGUGCUUUCGGUUAGUCUCCUGGUCAGCAAUUACAAGCGCUGUCCGGAGGCUUGCGUACUUGGGCUAUCCGCCUGCCCCGCUCUACUCCUAUGAACAGCAAAUACAACCACAAAGAAAUCCAGCCAGUUUCUUAGUCUUAACGGGAUAUUCCGAUUGGGCUAAGAACUCAUUCAAAAGUCCCGCCCUGCUCGCGGGUUGGCUCACUUACCAGCCCGUGAUUUUCACCCUGUAUUUAAUUGGAUGGUGGCCGGCCUCCAUCCUUAGUCUCCAAUGUUUGUUUUCCUUCCGUUGGGUUAGCACAAUAUAUUCACUUGAUACAGAAAUGUUAUCUGGUAUUUCGGACAUUUUCCAUGUUUUGAAAGUCAGGUUGCUGGCUCUCGGGGGUGUUGGUAUCAUCCGAUCUUGGAAGGAGGGUGGGUG